UCUCUCUCUAAACCCCCAAACCCUGAAAAGCCCUUUUGAUUUUUUUGUUAACAACUUUGGAAGAAGAUCUAAGCGAGAUAAGGAAUUUUGAUGGAUGAGAACAAGGAUAAGGAUGUUCUGGUCGUUAGUGUUUCGGAGUCUACUACAGUGACUGAGAGUACUACUGCUGAGCAGGUAGCUGGGGAAACCCUAGUUCAGGGGCAGAUCGAGGGGUCUUUUGAUUCUUGUAAUGGGGAUGAUAUAAUGGUGGAGGUCUUGGGUUCUGAGGUUUAUGUUGGUGGAGUUUGUACUAGUGGGAGUGGGGAGAAUUUGGAUGAUGAUGAAAUGGGUCGUGGAGGAUCGGUCGAUGACGAGGUGGGUUCGGAGAGGCCAGUGCACCACUCGGUUGGUGGAGAUGGCGGUGCAGUUGACAGAUUGGAUUUGCGGGAUACUGAUGUUUCCGGCGGGGAGGCUUUGAAUCAGGGGAUAGGAACUGAAAAUGAGGGUUCUUUGGGAGUUCCUGAAUCAGUUGAAGAAAAGGCUGAGGUUGCUGUUGGGGAUGUGACGGGGGAGACGACCACGCAUGUAGCUGUGGCUGAGAAUUCAGGGAGCGAAAGCCAAAUGGUUAGUGGCGGUGAUGGGGCUAGAGAAGUGGAGAAUCGUCUUGAUGGUGGUGCUGUUUUGGGUUCUACGGGUGGCGAAACUGAAGCCAGUAGUAUUUCGGUGAAGAAGGGUGUUGAAGGAGAAGUGCACGAGGUGGGUGAAAGUGUGGGGAAGGAAGUGGUUUCUGGUGGGAGUGAUGCAAGUGUAGAAGCGAGAAAGCAGGAAGUAGAGUCUCUAGGUGAAAAGGCGGGGGAUCCUAUAACAGAAAAUGGGAUAGAAGGUCCCUCAGUUGGUCAUAAGGGUGAAGAAUCCCAACUUGUUGAGGAAGUUUCUGUAACGGGAAGUGUAGAAGUGGGAGGUGUAUUGGCCACAGAAUCUGCUGAGCAAGAUAAGAAAGCGGUUGGUAACAAGAUUGAUUCAGCAAAUGGUUUGGAAACACAAAAAGUUGGGCUUCCAGAUGAAAUUUGGAACCAUGGAAUCGAAACAACGGUGAUGAAUUCCACAACUGUGGAAAAUUCUAGUGUACAAACCCAAGUUCAAGAGGAAAACUCUGUGGCAAUAAGUUCCAAAGUUGCAGUUCUGGAGGCUAAUGUUACGGGUGAAAAUUUAAGUAAUGUAGGAGAACAAGAAGUAAAUGUUGAAAUAGGUGGUGUUAGCGAAAAUCAAAGUGAUGUCAAUGCUGAGUCCUGGUCCUCAUGCCAACAAACACAAAUGGUUGUUGAAAGUGAAGUCACUGUCACUGACCAUAAGGUUGUUUCAGUUUCUGAACAGGAUGAGAGCUUGAAGCCAGAGGAGUAUUUUGACAACAAUAUGGCUUGCGACAUUGCCCAGGUUGAGUCAAAUGUGGGACAAGAAAUGGAAGUAGACGCACAAGUUCAGGAUGCUCAACAGGUUGAUUCCGGUGGAGGACAGGAAAAGGUUUUUGAUUCUAAUAGUGAAGUUUCAGGGCCAACUGAGCACUUGAAGCCUGAAGAUCAUCAGGAAAACAUUGCUGAUGCACAGCAGGUUGGUUUCCAUGGAGAACAGCAAAUAGAAUUUGAAAAGCAACAGGAAACAUCCGAGAAAGUGGGUAGUAUAACUGACAAUGAAGGUCAUGUAUAUGAAGAAACGGCAUAUCUGUAUCAGCCCACUGGAGUUGGAGCUGAAGAUACGGCACCCAGUAAUAGUGUUCCUUACUCGAGUGAUGAAGGCGUGCCACCUCUUUCUUCAGGACAUGAUGAGAAUCGAGUUUUGGAUAAUGUGCAUAUAGCUCCAAUGGACACUGACGAGGUUUUGAUCUCUGCAACUGAAGUACCAGGGCAUUCGAAUACUGAUCAGAAGUUUAUUAGUGAAGAGUGUACGGACAAGGGUGUGGCCACUGAUUAUGGUGCAUCUGAGAGAGAUGUUGCAGAUGGAAUAGGUGUUGAAGAACAAGUUAUUGCUGCUGAUGAGCUCGGUUUACAUGGAGAGCAAGAAUUGCCUGCAGUUAAAGAAGUCACUGAUGGUGAGCAGCCAGAUACCAGUGAGGAUAAAAUUACUAAUUGGGAAUCUUUGGAGCCUGGAAGCUCAUCAACACUGCAGCAACCUAGCUAUGGGCUACCACCAGAAGAUGAAGGUGUGUUUUCUGUGCCCGAUUUAGUCUGGGGUAAAGUAAAGAGCCAUCCUUGGUGGCCUGGACAGAUAUUUGAUUUUACUGAUGCAUCAGAUAAGGCAAUGAAACAUCAUAAAAAGGACUGCUACUUGGUUGCAUACUUUGGGGACCGAUCAUUUGCUUGGAAUGAAUCUUCUACUUUGAAGCCUUUUAGGACUCAUUUCACACAGAUGGAGAAGCAGGGCAAUGCAGAAACGUUCCAGAAGGCUGUCAAUUGUGCUCUGGAAGAAGUUUCAAGGCGAGUAGAAUUGGGUUUGGCAUGCUCUUGUAUAUCAAAAGAUUCCUAUGACAGGAUUAAACACCAGAUUGUUGAGAAUGCUGGGAUCCGUCCGGAAUCAAGUAAAAGAAAGAGUGUGGAUGAAUCUGCAAGUGCUCAUUUUUUCCAAGCUGAUAAGUUGGCCGAAUACUUAAAAGCUCUAGCAUGGUCUCCAUCAGGUGGGAGUGACCAUUUAGAACUUGUAAUAGCGAAGGCUCAGUUAUUGGCUUUCGGCCGUUUCCGAGGUUUUUCUAGCUUGCCUGAAUUUCAAUUUUGUGGAGAUUUGGUGGAAAAUGAUACGGCUGGUCCACGAUUUCAGGAUGAUGUAUAUCCAGGUGAGGUGAUUGAGCACGCAAGUCUCUUUUCUAAAGAUGAUGAACGGACAGCCUCUGACCAGGAGACGCAAAAAGUACAUAAUAGUUCUUAUCACAAGCGGAAACACAACCUUAGGGAUGGUGCGUAUCCUAAAAUAAAAGAAAAAAGCUUGACAGAGUUGAUGGGUGGUGCAGUAGAUUCUCUGGAUGAUGAUAUUCCGUCUGGCAAGAGACGUAAGGGUUCAGAUAACCAUGUUGACGACUUGACAACACACGAUGGAAGGAAGAAAGUUUCUAAUUCUACACCUCCAAAGCAAUCAUUUAAGAUAGGUGAAUGUAUCCGUAGAGUUGCUAGCCAGCUCACUGGGUCUCCUACUGCGAAGGGCAACAGCGAGAGGGUCCAGAAGCUAGAUGGGAGCAGUGACAGACCUGGGGAUGAAUAUGAUGCUUCCUUCCACAGCCCUGAAGGAAGGGUGGUUGAUCCAACAGAGUACUCAUCAUUAGAUGAAUUGCUCUUGCAACUUCAGUUCAUUGCACAAGAUCCCCUAAAUGAAUACAGCUUCUCGAAUGUUAUUGUUAAUUUCUUUUCCGACUUUAGGAAUUCAGCUAUUACGGGCCAGCAUUCUGGGACUGAGCUUGUGGCUGUGGAGAAAGUCGGUGGUAAAAGGAAGAAAGCAUCACCUGAAACUUUUGAAUUUGACGAUUUGAAUGACACCUAUUGGACGGACAGGGUCAUCCAAAAUGGUUCUGAAGAGCAACCGCCUCGUAGAGGCAAGAAAAAAGAUCAGUCCCCUUCCCAACAGGUAAAACCUCCUCAAGAAGGCCGGAGACCAUACUCAAGGAAGCCAAAAUAUUCCAGUCAUAAUAAUGCUCCAACACUAGAGAAACCUGCAGAGUUAGUCAACAGGAAUGCACCAGCACAACUUGUAAUGAACUUCUCUGAGGUGAGAUCUGUCCCAUCAGAAGCAACCCUGAAUAAGAUGUUUAGGCGCUUUGGACCGCUGAAAGAAGCUGACACAGAAGUCGAUAGAGAGUUCAGUCGUGCGAGGGUUGUUUUCAAGAAGGGUUCGGAUGCGGAAAUUGCUUAUAGCAGUGCUGCUAAAUUCAACAUCUUUGGACCAACACUAGUAAAUUAUGAACUGAGUUAUGAUCCGAUUGUCCAAUUCAAACCAACUCCUGUUGCUAUAACCCAGGAUCAUGAGAUGCAACUCGACCUCUCCGCCCAUGACCAUGACAUGCAACUCGACCUCUCCACUCAUGAACAUGAGAUGCAUCUUGAUCUCUCCACCCAUGAACAUGAGAUGCAUCUUGAUCUUUCCAAUCUCUCUGCAUUCGAAGUUAAUCUGGUUUAGAAAGUCUUAGGAUAAGCAAAGCAGAAGCUGAGUAAAUGGUGGGUCAUGGAUGGAAGGCUGGCAGCGAUGUUAUGGCAUGCGCAAUUGCAAGGGAUGCUGAAGGAGGUAACCAGGUUGUUUAUUCAUCUGGUUAUCCAUUCUGUACGUUGCCCCCCGAGUUCUCAAUGUUUAUUUCUUUCCGAGAUGCAUCAAUUUUCUUUUUUAUGUAAUUUACGUGCUUAGUUAAAUGCGUUGCUUAGUUUAAUGUAUAGCUGAGUUAGCUGAGCGUUCCUUCAUAGCCGUUUUUGGAACUCUCCUUCAUGACUAGAAGAGUUAAUUAUGGAAUCAUGUUUGUCUCCUUAAAUGGAAAAGGAAUUUCUUGUCCAGUUUAUGCAUUGUUCUGGUCACGACCAGCGGUAAUGGAGCGUUGUGCUAGUUGAGCUUCGAGUGGUAGUACAAAUUUCUUAAAUAGCCAAUGCAUUUGAGUCAGUAUUGCUUUUUACGCUGUGAUAUGUGCAUUUUCUUUGGUUUCCCUUUUGGGCUUGUGGUUGUCAAAAUAUGGGUUAAUGGAAAUGGAUUAGAAAGUGGGCAAUUUCAGUUAAGUUAAAACAAGCAACAAAGUUUGGUUUAUCACCACUGGCAAUGCAUGGCAUCUUGGUGGCGUAAAAUCUGUUUUAAGCUGGGAAAUGAUACAAUUGCUACUUAGUGUGGUGUAAGUGAAAUGUAUGAUGAACAAGCUUAUUUGAAUUUUCAA